AGUUUGCUGCUAAACAAGCUAAGGUACAUUCAUUAGAAAUCUACCGCAACGUAAUGUACAUCAUUUAAUUCAUUCUGUUACAUUACUUUUCAAACAACACAAAUAAUAUAGCUUGCUGAAGCAAAGAAGACGAACAAUGCUAAUGCUGAAAAGAAGCCAAAGAAAGAAGCCAAAGCAUCUCAACCUGUUUAUGUCAACAAAACGCCAAAGGGAGAAAAGAAAGAUAUGUCUGAACCUUUCGCCAGUGCUUAUGAUCCCCGUGCAGUUGAAAGUGCUUGGUAUGACUGGUGGGUUAAGGAAGGCUACUUCAAACCCGAAUUUGGUCCUGACGGUAAGCCAAAGCCUGAAGGCACUUUUGUCAUUCCUGCACCACCACCAAAUGUUACUGGUUCCCUUCACAUCGGUCAUGCUUUGACUGUUUCUAUUCAAGAUGCUUUGAUUCGUUGGCAACGUAUGUUGGGUAAAACUGUGUUAUUCCAAAUGGGUACCGAUCACGCUGGUAUCUCUUGUCAAUCUGUUGUUGAAAAGAUGCUCUGGAAGGAAAGAAAGGUCACUCGUCAUGAUCUAGGACGUGAAAAAUUCAUUGAAGAAGUAUUCACCUGGAAAGAAAAAUAUGGUAACAGAAUUCAUACACAAUUUGAACGUCUCGGUGCGUCUUUUGACUGGGAUAGAGCCACUUUCACUAUGGAUCCUGGACCAUCUGCAGCUGUUCGCGAAAAUUUCAUUCGUCUCCACCGUGAUGGUAUCAUUUAUCGCGCCAACCGUCUUGUCAACUGGUGUGUUCAACUCAACACCACUUUAUCCAACUUGGAAGUGGAAAACAAAGAACUUCCUGGACGUACAUUAAUGCAUGUUGUCGGUUAUGAUGAAAAGGAAAAGUUCGAGUUUGGUGUCUUGAACGAAUUUGCUUAUGAAGUUGAAGGCACAGGUGAACGUAUUGUUGUUGCCACUACUCGUAUCGAAACUAUGUUAGGUGAUACAGCUAUUGCUGUCCAUCCUAACGACAAGCGUUAUACUCACCUUCACGGUAAAUAUGUUACUCAUCCCUUCAUCGAGCGCCGUAUUCCUAUUGUUACCGAUGAUAUUGCUGUCGAUAUGGAAUUUGGUACCGGUGCUGUUAAGAUCACACCUGCCCAUGACUUCAACGAUUAUGAAGUGGGUAAGCGCCACAAUUUGGAAUUCAUCAAUAUUUUGAACGAUGAUGGUACUUUCAAUGAAAAUGCGGGUCCCUACAAAGGCAUGAAGCGUUUCCAUGUCAGAAAGCAAAUUAUUGAGGAUUUGAAGGCUAAGGGUUUGUUUGUUGGUGUUAAGGAAAAUCCUAUGGUCGUUCCUGUCUGUAGUAAGUCUGGUGAUAUUAUCGAACCCUUGAUGAAGCCCCAAUGGUGGGUCAAAUGUAAGGGUAUGGCCGAAAAGGCGAUGCAAGCUGUCACGGAUGGCAAACUUAAGAUUGCACCCAAGGUCUCUGAAGGCGAUUGGUUCCGUUGGUUAAGCAACAUUAACGAUUGGUGUAUCUCGCGUCAAUUAUGGUGGGGUCAUCGUAUUCCAGCCUACUUUGUUAAUCUUGAAGGCGAGAACAAUGAUCCUAUGGACGACAAUAAAUGGGUUGUAGGUGAGAACGAAGAAGUAGCUCGUGCUGAAGCUGAGCGUAGAUUCCCAGGCAGUAAGUUUACUCUUGAACAAGAUCCCGAUGUUUUGGAUACCUGGUUCUCCUCUGGUCUGUGGCCCUUCUCCACUCAAGGUUGGCCCGAAAAGACAUUCAACAUGGAGCAUUUCUACCCUGCUAGUAUGCUUGAAACUGGUUGGGAUAUUCUUUUCUUCUGGGUGGCCCGUAUGGUCAUGUUGGGUAUUCAGUUGACGGGUGAAGUUCCUUUUGCUGAAGUCCUUUGUCAUGCUAUGAUUCGUGAUGCUCAUGGUCGUAAGAUGUCCAAGUCUCUCGGAAACGUCAUUGAUCCCGUCGAUGUGAUUGAAGGUAUUUCUUUGGAAGGUCUCCACGCUAAGCUCUUAGAAGGUAACCUUGACCCUAGAGAAAUCAAGAAGGCUGAAGCUGGUCAAAAGGCUGAUUUCCCUAAGGGUAUUCCUCAAUGUGGUACCGAUGCUCUUCGUUUUGCCCUUUGCGCUUAUACCACGGGUGGUCGUGAUAUCAAUCUUGACAUUCUUCGUGUUGAAGGCUAUCGUAAAUUCUGUAAUAAAUUAUGGAAUGCUACUCGUUUCGCUUUGAUGAAGCUCGGUACUGACUUUAAGCCCAAUGAAAGUGCGGAACCCGUGGGUAACGAAUCCUUGGCUGAUAAAUGGAUUCUUUCAAAGCUUAACAAAUGUGCUAUUGAGGUCAACAAAUAUCUUGAAGAACGUAACUUCAUGAUGGCUACCAACGUUGUUUACCAAUUCUGGCUGUAUGAACUCUGUGAUGUCUAUAUUGAAGUUGUCAAGCCUAUUUGUGAUGCGGAUACUACUGGCGACGAAACGGCUACUGCCCGUAAAAUCACUGCCCAAAACACCCUGUAUACUUGUUUGGAAGCUGGUCUCAAACUCAUGCAUCCCUUCAUGCCCUAUGUUACCGAAGAAUUGUUCCAACGUCUUGGUCGUCGUCCCAACAGAGAUGAACCUACCAUUGUUAAAGCUCGAUUCCCUGUUGAGAACAAGGCUUACGACUUUGCUGAAGAAGCUAAGCAAUUUGACGUUGUGUUCGAUGCUGUCAAGGGCAUUCGUUCUGUUGCAACUCAGUUAAAUCAAAAGAAAAACAUUGUCGCACAUAUCAAGACUUCAAAUGAAGAAUAUAAAACUUUAUACGAAGCAGAAAGAGCAUCCAUUACGGCCUUGGCUAAGGGUGUUAGUGAGCUGAACAUUUUAGAUAAGGAUGCUGAUGCUCCUGCCGAUUGUGAAUCCUCUGCCGUUGGUGACCAUACCACUGUUUUUGUUAAGAAAUAAGCCCAUUCCAUUUUUUUAUUUGUCUGUAU